AUGGAGUCUAUGUUGAAUGGCACCAAGUGUAGAAAUAACACGUUGGAGAUAAAUAUUGCAAAGCACGAAAGGAAGAUCCCAGUCAGGCCAAAGCAGAGCAAGAAAGUUCCCGUUGGGGCUUGCAGAACCGUCGGCAAUGGCCAUGUAGACAACCGUUCAUACGCUCAUGUUCCGGCGGGGGUCUCUACAAAAAUUGGGGGUAAUUAUUCACACUCGUUGCAACACCCAAUUCGUCUGAGGUCCGACCAGUACAUGGAUGGAUGGAUAAAAAAUUAUUGUCUUAUUGGUGAGGCUAAGACCAUGCACCACCUGGCUCACCUGCCGGAACUUAUUUCCAUUCACAUCGAACACCGGCCUUCGGUUAAAUACGUUGGGGGCAUGUUGGCCCUCAUCAUUUUUCAUGCUUCGGUAAGUGCACGGGAGUUCCUUGAUGGUGAAAACAACUGGAAAUAUAUCUUCAAGUGGUUAAAGCGGGGAGAUACCGUGGCGACGAAGUUUGAACGUGUUACAUCAGUUAGAAUCGUAGGUCUCCCCAUACAGCUCUGGAACGACGCAAACUUUAGAGCCAUUCUGGCAAGAUUUGGGAAACUAGUGGUGUCGUUUGAUAAUAUCAAGGAACGAUUGGACCUCUCGGUCGUUAAAAUUGGAAUUUUGACAGGGGAAAAGAAGAAGCACAAUGAGAUUGUUCAAGUUGAGAUUGAGGGUAGACCUUUCGAAGUGGGGGUGGUGGAAUAUGAAGAUGAACCUUGGUUUCCGUUCGUCUUCGCAAAUGAAAAGGAUCCCUAUGAAUCGGAGUCUGAUGCGAAAUGUUCUUUUGGUGGAAAAUUGGAUGAGGAAGACACGAAUGUACCCAAUGAUGAUGAGGAUGAAAAUUUCAUGGAUGACUACAAUCAUAACGAGGAUAAGACGGACGACAUGGAAUACGAGGAUGGAGAAAUUCAUCUGGAGGAGUACGGAUAUGUUCCUACUCCACCGCCUCCUCCGGUGGGCGGAGCUCCGAAACCUGCAGAUGAGUCCAUUGUUGGUGUGCCACCCGAGGUGGUUGAUGGUGGCGAUCAAAGUUCCCCGGUCGAUUCCUUGGACUCUGAACAGUUGCGUGAGUGCUUCGAGCAUGGGGAAGAGGAACCGACUCUUGGAAAUCUCGAUGUAGAGGAAUUUAAUGAUAACGGUUAUUUUGGGGCAGAUCAUGGUGACGUGGAUACCUCAGCGCGUGAGACUAGAAUUGGAUCGGAGUUAGAGUGUGUAGAUACCCAUAUGGAGCCCAUUAAUUUUCCUCUCAACUUGGUCCAAUCAGGAUGUUUUGGGCCUUUCCCCUCCGCUGUCUCAUCUCCCUUAGCAAGUAACUCCACUCCCAUUUCCGGUGACAAGCCCAUGAAGUGUCGGACAUCUGUCAAACGUAAAAGGUGCCAUCGCUCCCCGUCUGGUGACAAUUUUUCCCCAAUUAAACUUUUCCCUGACCUCGUUCCGGAUCCGGAAUUUCCACCGCACAACCUUCAAUCAUCCUUUAAUAUCGUCGUGGGUAUGAACCACGAUAAUCCUAUCGUCCUUCAGACUACUCCUACAUGCCCUGUCUCAGUCAGUCCUGCCCUAAAUUCGAUUCCUGGGUUGGCGCCUCCAUUUGGGGUUCCAGAAAUUGAAGCUAUAACAGUUGUGGGAGCCAUAAUUGGUUUCGAUAUUCAGUCAGACAACCCGUUGUUGGUCGAAGUCCUCAGUGGCAACGAUGACUAUUAUGCUAAUAAUCGACUACUGGGUACUUGGAAAAAUAUUGUCGGGGUAUGUAAAGAGCUGAGAAAAAAGAACAUAGCCUCUGAAGAUGUUUUAUGUAAACGAACAAACUCUGUAGUUGAAUCUUGGAUCUGUAAGCUGACUUCGGAUGGAAUUUUUGCUGUCAAUGCGCUACGAAAAAUCUGGGAUAGGAGCUUACCUAUUUCUGGGAGAAAAUUCGAAUGGAUUCGUGAAGUUCCAAUAAAGGUGGUUUGCUUUAUAUGGCGGGCGUGGCUGGGGAAAAUUCCCACUAAGUUAGCACUAGUAAAACGUGGGGUCUCCUUGGGAGAUAUAAAAUGUAGUCUUUGUGAUGACUGGGAGGAAGAUUCGGAUCAUGUUUUGGUUGGGUGUGAAUAUGCAAAAGAAGUACUGAGCUGGAUCUUUAAAUGGUGUGGUGUGACGAUGCCCCCAAUCAGAACUGUGGUUGAGUUGCUGGAUUUUGCCAACAAUUGGUCGAAUAAUCCAAGUAAAAGGAGGUUAUUCUUGGGGAUUUGUUAUGGUGCUCUUUGGGGCAUUUGGAAACAAAGGAAUGGCAGAGUGUUUAAUGAUUCCAAGAUGCCCUCAGCUAAAUGUGCUGAUCUCAUUCAGUCCACAUUGUUUCUCUAG